AUGUCCCAAGUUCAGGCCCGCGCAACCUACCGCGCUCUCCUCCGCGAACUCCCUCGCCGCUCCUCCACCCCAUCCCCACUACACCAACGCCUCCAAAACAUCUUCCGCUCCGUGCCAGCAUCACAAACCGCCGCAUCUGCCUUCUCGAUCCCCAAAACCGAGGAAGAGCGCACCCUCCGCGUCCAAGAAGCAGACCAGUUCGCCCAGUAUGCCCGCGCCCAGCGCGUUUACUGCGAACUCCUCGAGCGCUAUAACCCCGGCAUGACCAUGGACGAGGAAGAGAAGAUUCGUCUCACUGCCCGACGUGUUGGAUUCGAUUUGCCCGAUCUGCACACCCCCGAGGGCAAGUCGGAGUAA